CUCUGCAGUGGGAGCUGGGCACGGGCUGCCCCCACCCCUGGAUGUGGGGCCCCCGUGCGGCCCCGCAGGCGCUGCCUGGUUCAGCGGGGUCCAGGUUGGCGUAGACUGGGCGCCCCCCCCCCCCCGGUCUGACUGGUGGGUCCGGGGGCAUCCAGGACAGGGGCCAGCCUGAGGCCCUGCUGAGCCCGCGCGUCUCUUGCAGUGGGUGAUGGCUGCGCCGAGCAGGGCGCCGGGGGACAUGGGUGCGGAGCUGCUGAGACCAGCUGGCGGUGCCCGCCUGCCCCCGUGCCAGCUGACGGAGGAGGACGCGACCGCCCACCCUGGCUUGGCCAACCUGCUGCUCAGCCUGACCCCCUACCUGGACCCCAGCGGGCUCAGCACCCCCCUGGCCCGCCAGCUGGAGCAGGUGGGGAAGGAGCUGCAGCUGCGUCGGGCGGCCUGGCUGCGCUGGGAGGCCCUGCACCGGCUCCUGCAGGAGGCGCUGAUGGAGCAGAGGGCCUGCAGGGGGGACACCAGCCCUGCCCUGCAGGACAGGAAGGUGAG